AUGUCUUCCUGGUUCUCAGUGGACGACAGACACCCGCAAAUCCAUUAUGACGGUGACUGGUCCCUUCGAACCGUCGCCCGUGGUGGUAUGGUCGGACGCACCUUACAUGUCACAAACAGCGAAGGGAGCUCCGCGUCAUUUCACUUCGAAGGAACGGGUGUAAUGGUCUAUGGCGCAGUGCCGGCCAAUUGCACGGACCUGAUCAAGGUCGACUUCACCAUAGACGACUCCACAACAUACCCAGUAGAACGCGAAUGCCACACAGAAGCUCAAUAUGACGUUCCAUGGCUGUAUCUCGACGACAGCGGGUUCCUUCCGUUCGGAAACCACUCGCUCACAAUUACGUAUCGAGAGGGAGGGGAGUUUAUGAUGGAUUGGAUCGACUACAACGGGACAGAUUGGCGAGAGAGGUCCCACUCUGGUAGGACCCGCGUCGCUGGGCAGAAUGGGGGAUUGUCAACGCACGUUGUCACCUCAAUACAGAUGGUCGAGACGCAAGCGGCCAAACCCUCUCAGGGAUCAAUACCAACCGGAGGGAUUGUCGGAAUAGCCAUUGGAGGACUGGUGGUAGUCUCCCUUCUGGUUAUUGCCUUUGUUUUCUUCUUUCGGCGGAGGAGACGGAUCAAUCAUAACUCUACAGUUCCAUUGUCGACGCCUUUCGAUAUCUUCGAGGCCUUCAACCCAAUUUCGAAGCGUGACCAGGACCCAAACGAUCCACCGCCCGCUUACCGUGAAGUCAUACUUGAUGUACAAACUCGGCCCACGCAGCUACCUCGCACAAUGUCGGUUUCGCAGGUGGAUCUUGAAGCCGACCGCACAGGUUCUACCGCAAACACAUCAGUAACUAUGCAAUUUACUUUCCGGGGCUUUUUGCAACCGAAAAAGUCGUAA